GUAGGCGGAGGUGGGGCCUGGGCACCCGAGGGGUGGGACCCGGGCCGCGGCUGCGACCCCGACCCCGACCCGGAACCACAGCCCAACCUCGGACGGAGAUCCUGAGUGGGACCCCGACCCCAGACUGCCCGCAUGGCCCGCCACGUGUUCCUGACGGGCCCCCCAGGGGUCGGAAAAACAACACUAAUCCAGAAAACCAGUGAGGUGUUAAGGUCCUCUGGUGUGCCCGUGGAUGGAUUUUACACAGAAGAAGUCAGACAGGGAGGGAGAAGAAUAGGAUUUGAUGUCGUCACACUGUCCGGCUCCCGGGGACCUUUAUCUAGAACCGGGUCAGAGCCUCCACCUGGAAAACGUGAAUGCCGAGUUGGGCAGUAUGUGGUUGACGUGACUUCUUUUGAGCAGUUGGCGCUUCCCGUCCUGCGAAAUGCAGGUUCCAGCAGCGGCUCAGGACAAAGAGUAUGUGUCAUCGAUGAGAUCGGGAAAAUGGAACUCUUCAGUCAGCCCUUCAUCCAGGCUGUUCGUCAGACGCUGUCCACCCCAGGAACCAUAAUUCUUGGCACAAUCCCAGUCCCUAAGGGAAAACCGCUGGCUCUUGUGGAAGAAAUUAGAAACAGAAGUGACGUGAAGGUGUUUAGUGUGAGUAUGUCACCAAGGAAAACAGGAACCACCUUCUGCCAGAUAUCGUGACAUGUGUGCAGAGCAGCAGGAAGUGAAGACAGUCUGUGUUCUACACAGGAGGAAGUCCCCCGGUCCAAGAGCAGCCUGAUGGGUGCUGGCUUGUCAGUGUUUUAUGCCUUUGGGUUUAGGAAACUUGGUGGACUUUUCCAAAGAAAGCUUGACAGCUGUUUAAAAUAUCAAAUUAGCUCUAAUGCUGGACUAACUAUACAAGCUUAACAAUCUAUUUUGGCUUAUUUAUGCUUAAAGCCUUCUGUUUAUUUCCUAUUGCAUUUAUGUGCAUGAUAUGGGUAAAUUAUGAAAUCAGAAAUAUUUUUUCAGAGUAUUUGAUGGAAUUCACCCAUAUUGAAGUUUAUAAAUGUGCUCAGGAAAAGGGGGACAAAAGAGUUCACUAUUUAAUCAGUUUUGCAUGUCAUGAAAAUUAAGUUUCUCUCCAGGCGCAGCCACAAGCUCAUACAACUUAAAGGAAUAGUAGUUAUUUGAUUUUCUUUUUAAAACUAUUAUUUCAAAAGAAAAUAAUUUUUGGUCAUCUUCCCCCAUAUUUCAUUGUUUGCCUGUUGUUUAAUAAAUAUAAAAAUAAA